AUGGAUGAUGAAAAGGAUAUAUACUCACGUAUACGUUGUCCAAAAUGUGAACGACGUUUAAAUAAGCCUCAUGAAUUAAACUGCAAACAUUUAGUUUGUCGAGAUUGUCUUGAAAUUAUUCUUCAAAAUCAUCGUACAAAUGCUCGUUGUCCAACUUGUGAAAAACCUCUUGAGAACUAUGGGAUUGAAACAUAUUCAGAAUUAUCACCAAAACAUGCUGUUUCACGUCUUCUAUUAACGUUCAAUGAUGUUAAUCAAUGUGAAACUUGUAAAACUUUUACAACAGUAGAAAAAUGUUCAAAAUGUUCAAAAGAUCAAUGUGAUACAUGUUUGGAUAAACAUAUAGAAACGCAUAAUCAAACCAAAAAACAAGUGAAUACAAGUUCAGAUGAUCUUUCUAAAGAUGAAAAAGAACUUCUUGAAUCACUUAAGAAUAUUUUAACAGAAAAAGAAUAUGAAGAUUUCGUUCAAACAGCAAAACUUUAUCUCAAUGAUGCUAUUUCAAAAGGCAAUGAUACAAAUAAAUCUUCUAGAUCAAAUGAAUCACCGGUGAAUAUUGAAAAAACUCCAUUUUUCGUAGAAGCAAAACCUUAUGAUUGGUCUCAACAUGAAAGAUUUAUUGCAGAUGAUAUUUUGAAUAGUAAACCGGAACGUGUUCAACAAUUACUUCGUCUUAAUUUUACUCCUCGACCUUAUCAAAUACGAAUGGUACGAUGUGGAUUGAAAAAAGAAAAUUCACUUGUUUGUCUUCAAACUGGUGCUGGAAAAACAUUUGUUGCUGGAAUUGUUGCUAAAUUCUUUUAUAUUCUUUCACGUCAAAAACUGAAUAAUUCACCAAAUAUACCAAGACAAUUUAAAGCUGUUUUUCUCGUUCCAAUUAAAGCUUUAGUUGAUCAACAAUGUGAAGCUUUUAGAAAAGUUUUCAUCGAUGAACCUGAUUCAAUACUUCUUAAGGUUGAGAAUCAAGCUGGAGAACGAUUUAAAGAUCUGUUUAAUAAUUUCAAUAUUUUCUUUAUGACAGUACAAAAAUUUGCUAAUUUUGUUGAAGCAAAACAUGCUGAUUUAAAAAAAUUUGAUUUAGUUAUGAUUGAUGAAUGUCAUCAUUGUUAUGACAAUCAUCCAAUAAAUAACAUGAUGCGUCAAUAUCAUCGCUUACAAGCAUCCGGUUAUGAUGUACCACAAAUAAUAGCCUUAACAGCAAGUGUUGGUACAAAUAAAAAGAAUGCAUUUGAUCAUCUUGUUCAUUUAUGUGCAAAUCUUGAUUGUUUUGAUAUAUGUGCUAUUGGAAGAGGGUUGGAAGAAGAAGAACUUAAAAAUUCAACAAAUACACCAAUGGCUGAUCACAUUGUAACUGUAUCAAAAGAAGAAUAUGAUCCAAUCGUUAUAACACUUAAAGAUAAUGUUAUGAAAACCAUUGCAAAUCGUCUGGCUCUUGAUAUAUCUGCAAUGGAUAAUCAAAAAUUAGAAAAUGAACUUGUACAACGACAUAAAGAUGCUUGUAAAACGAACGACCAUGAUGCAGUUGUUGGUACUGAUUAUUUACGAAAAUUUAAUCGUUUUCUUAUAUUUUAUGAUGAUUUACCGUUGAAGCAAUGUAUGCAAUGGCUUGAAGACAAAUUAGGAUGUUCAACACCAAGUUUACCUACACGAUUUGAGAAAUUUUGUCAAGAAAAAUUAAAAGAAUUUCGUGAUUGUGCUAAACAACAAAUGCUGUCUUCAAUUAUGGACAAGCCUAAGUUACGAAAACUUAUUGAUUUGAUAACAAAGCUACAUGAUCCUGGUUGUCGAGGAUUAAUUCUUGUGCGUACUAAAUUUCAUACAGUUGCAUUGGAAGAAUUUCUUAAUAACCAUCCAGAUAUAAUGAAACGUCAAAUAGCUGUAGGACAUCUCACUGGACAAGGUUCAGCGGACGAGCUUUGUUUACCAGGCACUCAACAAGCCGUGCUUUUGAAUGAAUUUCGAAAAGGUACAAAAACUUUACUUGUUGCAACUGAUGUUGCUCAAGAAGGUUUAGAUGUAGCUGAAUGUUCUUAUGUCAUUCGUUAUGAAUUUGUAUCAAAUGAAAUCGGUACUGUUCAAAGUCGUGGACGAGCUCGAGCUUCUCAAAGUAGAUGUUUUAUUCUUACAGAAGCGCAAUCUAUAAAUUAUCAACGUGAAUUAGAGAAUCGUGAACGAGAAAAUGAAAUGAAAGAAGCAAUUGAUGAAUGGCGUAGAAGAGGAAUUGAUGAAUUUCGAACACUUGUAAACAAAGAACAAGAGGAUUUAAUAAAGGAAUUGUGUAAAAGUGAUAGUCAAUCAGGUGCUACAAAUUCUUCUCAAAAUCAUCAAAAACCCGCAAAGGAGAUACAUUGUCGUUUUUGUGAUACAUAUCUUUGUAAAGGUUCAAGUUUACGACUUCAAGGCUCAACUAUUGUUUGUGUCGAUUCAGAAUUUGAACGACUUGUUAAUCCACGGAAUUCAGCUGGAGAAAAAUUUAAUUGUCCUAACAAAACAUGUCAUAAAGAACUUGGUGUUGUUGUUCUUCUCUCACGUAAUUCUCCAGCAUAUGCAUUACACAUAACAGCAUUAAAAUUUUUUAUGAAUGAUAAAAAUGAACCCGUCCUUUUAAAAAAAUGGAGUCAGUAUCAUGGUUUUAUGAAACCAGCAGUAUAA